CCAAAUACCACGACUUUCCCAGUCAGCGCAGGCGGCCGCCGAAGCGGGCCGAAGUUGUCCUCCGCAUCGAAAGAUGUGCAAGACGGAGGAGGUGGGCGUUCAAAUGCUGCAGAAGUUGAAGCCGGCGGAACGGAGCGACCUCAACGAGGUUCGCAACGAGUACCUUUUCCGCACGCCCAUCCUGUCAGAUAUGCUUUUGCCCCUUCUGAAGGAUAAGCGUGAUGAACCCAUGCUACAUUUGAUGCUCAACAUUGCUGAAUUUGUCAUUCCGUCAGUGACCCUCAACUAUGCAGUGAAUUUUGCAGCCUUUCCGGCAUGGGUGAGGCAUCUCUGUGGUGUGACACACGUGGUGAUGAUGCUGGUGUUGUUCUUGGAACGCUUCAUGUUGAUGAUGCACUUCUCUUCUCAUCGCACCAUUUUCCACCACGAUGCGCUGAAUGAAUUGCAAGUUUGGCUCUAUGCGCCCUUCUUCGGGGUGCCCACGGGUGUCUACAAAUUGCAUCACGUGAUCAUGCACCACAUUGAGAACAACCACGAGUUAGACGCAUCCUCCACCGAGAAGUUCCAACGCGAUUCUUGGGCACACUUCUUCAGGUACUGGCUGCGCUUCGUCUGGGGUGUUUGGCUGGAGCUGCCUAUGUACUGCGUGCAGACCAAGCGUCUUGAGUGGGGUGUGAAACUUGUGAGCGGACUCAGCACCUACUUGGUGCUGGUCGUGCUGCUUGCGAAGUACGUGAACUUCACUGCCACCUUUUACAUCUUCAUGUUGCCAUACGUCGUCGGGAUGACAGGCUUGGCCUUUGGCAACUGGUCUCAGCACAUCUUCGUCAACCCCCAGGAUUCCAUGAGCAACUUCGGCUUGACCUACAACUGCAUUGACAACGCUGCGAACAAGCGCUCCUUCAACGAUGGCUAUCAUGCCAUCCACCACACCAACGCGCGUCUCCAUUGGUCGGAGUUGCCAAAAUAUUUCAUCGAGAAUCAGGACAAGCACAUUGCUGGCGGCGCCGUGACCUUUCGAGGCUUGGACUUCUUCGAGGUGGGAGUGUACACCAUGACCAAACAGCUGGAUAAGCUGGCUCGCUACUACGUUCACCUGGGCCCCGAGGACACCAAGCCCACUUUGCAGGAGAUCGAAGCCAAGCUCAAGUCCUGGCUGGUGCCAAUCGAACGCGAGGCGAAAAAGGCCCAGUAAGACCUGGGACCGCGUUUUUUCCCACCAGCAGGUCACAGAAAAAUACCACGGUGACCUUUGCACAUUGCGGGAUACUACGUCCGCUGACAUCUUUGACUCUUUCGGGCGACGAACGGCGGCCGUUUGGCAAGUGCUGUUGUGGCAUGUCAGGGCUGCUGGGUAACGCCUCACUUCUUUAGAUAUGGGCGUGUCUAAACAUGGGGGAUACACC